CUGCCCUAUGCUGACAUGCUCAACCACUCCUUUUCGCCCGUCUGCUCGCUGCACUGGCGCAAGACGGAUCGGGUGAUGGAAGUGAGGGUGGAUGCGGGGCAGAUAGUGCGUGCCGGCACGGAGCUCACCAUCUCCUAUGUGCCCAAGGCUGACAACCGCGCUCUCAUGAGCUCAUUCGGCUUCUCCAUCACUCAGAAUCCUUGGGAACAAGUGACCCUCUCAGAUGCACCCACCCCAGAAGCACCUGCCAGUCCUUUCUCCUCCUCCUCCGCCCCCUUCUCCCCUCCCCCUCACCACAUUCACCGGGACAGCUUCCUCUCGGCCUUUGACCUUAUAGCCACCGAUGAUGACUAUGACUACAACCCCGGUGACUCUCCGCCCGACCCCUUUGUGGACGGAGCCCUAGUGGCAGCGCUGCGCUGCCUACCCACAUGGACCAAUGGCGACGUGCCAGCUGUCCCCUCGGAGGAGUUGAGAGCCGUACGCUGGCUGCAGCAGCAGUGCCGGCAGCAGCUGGGGGCGUUCCCAACAACCCUGCAGGAGGAUGAAGCUGUAUUGGAGUUGGAGGGGACAGAGGACAAGUCAGCAAGAUGGUGGGCGGCCAUCAAGUACCGCAUGGACCGAAAGAAGUUUCUGUUGAAGAUUAUUGCUGCUUUAGAUAUUUACCUGGACAGGCUUGUCCUUUGAGCAGUUUGCACUGCCUUAUUUUGAAAGAUGAUGUGCUGCUACUAAAUUUUCAUGUUUCUUCUGUACCAGCAGCAAGUUAUUUUAGUGAACGUGUAGAGAAGGCAUGGUGUUGUUCCAAUGUAAAUUGAGGCUCUGUUGUGCAUGUAUCGAUAUAGCCCUUCUCCCACAA